CCGGGACUGGGCAGGAGGCUUCGGUUGCCAUAUCGGGCGAAAUGAGACCAUACAGAGCUUUGAAACUUGGUGAACACACGCUAUUACGCCAAAUUAGUCCGCGUGCAUAGAUAAAUCAACAAGAAGAAAACAAAGAGUGAAGAAAAAUACAAGAGAAAAUUAAAAGGAUAGCCGAGAAAAGCCGCGAAGAAUAGGUUAAGUGCCAGGACGAGUCGGCAACAUUACCUUCAUCCCCGUUUUCCCGCCCGAAAAAGGCCGCAUAUGACCUACACCUGCCGACAACCUGCUAUCCGAGGGCGUCGCUUCGAGGUGGUGAGUGCGGAAGGGCUCAGUGCCUACCUACCCGUGGUGAAGUCGAGUGCCAAGUGUGUGUUGUCAAGAGAAGAGUUGGAUCGCCUUCCAGCAUUUCUUGGAAUCCUCUCGGAUCGUCUUCGGGUUGCACCUUGCCUAGCAGGUUCAUCAUUCCAGUCGAGUGCUGUUAAUUCCCCGUCGUGAGUAGAGAUUAUAUAAAUAAUCCUCCGUGACAGCAAGAAUUCCCCAUCAUCUUCAUCUUUUUUCGAUCAGAGCCUGUUGAAGUUUCUCUGCCACCAUCUUUAUCUUUCUCUCUCUCUCUUUCUCUCUCUCCUUUCCUCUCCCUCUCACAGCCUCUCAGCAUCAUCAUCUGCUCGACUCAUCUGUCUCCCUGGAUGCUUAGCUGAACAGGAUUUCGCUGGAGAGAGAAAAUAUCGUGAACUUUAUCUGAACGCUGAAAAGUGAUAAUGAGUGUGUGAGAAUUGUGAACGGUAAAGUCCGAAAUUUAGUGAAACAUACAGUGAACUAAAAAAAAAAAAAAAAGGAGAGAUAGAGAAAAGGAUUUUUUCCAAAUGUAUAAAACGUGUUGAUAAAAAACAAAAUCAUCGUUUAGUAGAACGUGAUUAUAUAAGAUUUUUGUGACUUUUGUGACUACAGCAGAAAAAAAAAAAUCAAAAGACCGUGUGUUCAGUAUAUUCAAAAUAAAACCCCACAAGCUAUAAAUUUCACAACUAUUAGAGCCAAGCAAGCACACACGAAGAUGAAGUACCUGUUGCAAGUUACUAUUCUUCUCAUUGCUAUGAUGGUGCAGCUUUCCCACGCCUGGCGAUCAGACCGAAAGCCCAAGAUCUUCGGCAACAAACUCCGCCUGAAGUCGCUCGAGCCGGGGAAGUACAGGAUCCAGAGGAAACUCGUCCAAUUCCACAAUUUCUUCCGCUCAAAAGUGAAGCCCGAAGCCUCGAACAUGCUGGCUAUGAGCUGGUCGUCCGCCGCCGCCGUGGACGCCCAGCGCUGGGCCGACGCCUGCCAGCUGCUCGUGCACGACUCUGCCGACGGGCGCACGGUCCAGGAGUACGGUCCCUGCGGCCAGAACAUCUUCGUGUCCACGCAUCAGGUGCCCUGGUUCUUCGCCGUCAAGACCUGGUGGCUGGAAAAGGACAACUUCACCUACGGAGGCAGCAACAACGACCUCCACGUGAUAGGCCAUUACACUCAGAUGGUUUGGCACGCCACUCACGAGGUCGGCUGUGGUCUGGCUUACUGCCCCCACGCUUACCCGAAGCCCUUCUAUAACUACGUCUGUAACUACUGCCCGAUGGGUAACUUCAUGCACACGCUCUCGAGGCCGUACGAGCGAGGGGCGCCGUGCUCCGCCUGCCCCGGCCACUGCAAGGCCAAGAAGCUCUGCACGAAUUCCUGCCCGUACGGAGACCUCUGGAUCAAUUGCAAGGAACUUGACGCCGCCUACCACGACUGGCUCUGCAACACGAAGACCAAGGAGGGCCUGGAACGCCUCCAGUUCUGCAAAGCAACUUGCACGUGCAAAGAUGCAAUUACUUUCCCUUGAAGAGGAGGGAGUGGAAAGGGUGAUGGGAAUAGAUAUGAAGGUAAAGAAGAAGAGGAAGGAGUAACACACACACACACACACACACACACACACACACACACACACACACAC